AUGGUAAGUGUUUUGGUGGGUCCUCGCUCAUCCUUUCUCUGUUAGGAGAUCCCACAACGCGAAGAAUGUUUUCAUUGUCAGGGAGUUUUAGAAGAUGGGCAGAGAAUAGCAGUCAAGAGACUUUCAGCAGCGUCGGACCAAGGGAUAGAAGAGCUGAGGAAUGAGUUGGAACUACUUGCCAGACAGGAGCACAGGAACCUGGCGAGGUUGCUUGGCGUCUGCUUGGGAGAAGAAAAUCUUCUGGUCUAUGAAUACAUGCCAAAUGGAAGCCUCGACCGUUUCCUCUUCGGUAUGCUCCUCCCAACCAAGAGAUCUCCCCUCUGGGGAUCCUCAUGUGGAAAGUAGCCUUCCACCGAAUGAGCCAAUGAAAUCUUUUAGCUGUAGAUUGACCACACAGGGAUGACCCAGAUCUCCUAACACUAUGUUUUGAACUUUUUACCCCCUAAAUAACCAGAAUAAUCCACCGAUUUAUUGCUCUCCAUUGAUUAUAGGCGUUUUGAAUGGUUAGAUUCCACAGAGAGUAGUCGGCUGUCGUGGGAACUAAGAUACAAGAUCAUCCAAGGCAUUGCUCGAGGGCUGCAAUAUCUUCACGAGGAAUCUCGCUACACCAUUGUUCACAGAGACUUGAAGGCCAGCAACAUUCUCCUAGACGCGAACAUGAACCCAAAGAUCUCCGACUUUGGCAUUUCAAAGCUUCUUGGCAACGACCUAACACAUGCAAGCGCCUCCCGAAUCGCCGGCACGUUGUGA